GUCGUUCGUUUCAAACGAAAGAAUCACCUGACGGAACAAGAGAAGCGACUAAUAUUCAAGUCAUCCUCUCACGGUUUGGAGUAAUUUCUGUUUUUAAUAAGAAAUGGGGGCCUGCAUGGCGCUAUGCUCAAUUGCGAGCUGUGCCUCGUGUUUGUGUGGCUCAGCUCCAUGUCUCCUAUGUGGCUGUUGUCCUUCUACCAACAACUCCACUGUCACACGGCUGGUCUUCUCCUUCUUCCUCCUGCUGGGCACACUGGUAUCUGUAAUAAUGAUCUUGCCUGGCAUGGAAACGCAGCUCCGCAAGAUUCCGGGCUUUUGUCAAGGGGGAACCACAAUACCAGGGAUUGAAAAUCAUGUGAACUGUGACGUGAUUGUUGGAUACAAGUCAGUCUACCGCAUGUGCUUUGCUAUGGCUUGCUUCUUUUUUCUGUUCACCGCUAUUAUGAUCCGUGUACGGAGCAGCAAAGACCCCCGCGCCGCCAUUCAGAACGGGUUCUGGUUCUUCAAGUUUCUGAUCCUAGUUGGUAUUGCUGUCGGAGCCUUUUUCAUCCCGGAUGGAACAUUUCAUGAUGUAUGGUUCUACUUUGGUAUCGUGGGCUCCUUCCUGUUUAUCCUUAUCCAGCUCAUCCUACUGAUCGACUUUGCUCACUCCUGGAAUGAGGUGUGGGUGAGGAAUGCUGAGGAGGGCAACAGCAAGUGUUGGUUCUCGGGUCUGUUGUUCUUCACUAUACUACAUUACGCCCUGGCCUUUGCUGCGAUUGUGCUGUUUUAUCUAUACUACACAAAGCCUGACAACUGCGCCGAACACAAGUUCUUCAUCAGUUUCAACCUUAUUCUCUGUGUCAUCGUAUCUGUUGUUUCCAUUCUGCCCAAAGUGCAGGAUGCUUCACCGCAGUCUGGUCUGCUUCAGUCUUCUCUGAUCACUUUAUACACUAUGUAUGUCACAUGGUCUGCCAUGACCAACAAUCCAAACCGGGAGUGUAACCCGAGUCUUCUCAGCCUGGUGUCCAAUAUCAGCACAGCGGAGGCCAUGCCCACCAGCUCCCCUGGGAUGGUGCAAUGGUGGGAUGCUCAAGGCAUUGUGGGAUUGGUCAUCUUCCUCUUUUGCACUUUUUAUGCCAGUAUCCGUUCAUCCAGUAAUGCUCAGGUGAACAGGCUGAUGCAGACAGAGGAGGGGAAGGGCUCUGAGGGAGGGGUGGAGGUGGGCGAGGACGGCCUUCGGCGUGUCAUGGAUAAUGAAGAGGACGGCGUCACAUACAGCUACUCUUUUUUCCACUUCCACCUCUUCCUGGCCUCUCUCUAUAUCAUGAUGACUCUCACUAACUGGUACAAGCCUGACACCACCACUCAGGCCAUGCAGAGCACUAUGCCUGCAGUGUGGGUGAAGAUCUGCUCCAGCUGGCUGAGUCUGGCCCUCUACCUGUGGACCCUUGUGGGUCCUCUUAUUUUCCCCAACCGUGACUUCAACUGAGCUUGAAUGGGUGAGACUGUCUCACCCUUUCGAAGCUAUGUAUGUCUGUAUGUGAGCAUGUGUGUGUUAGAAAUACAACAAACCCCAAAACACUAUUAACUUACAAAAUGCGAAGCAAUUCAUCAGCACAAGUGCUACAGUUUUAAACGAAUUUGAAAUAGACCUGGCCAUAUCACUGUUUAUAGGGCUGUAAGGUAGUUUAAAAUAACGUGCAUGAUGACAUGACAAGUAUUUAAAAAAAUUACACUGAUGUCUUACUGGCUCAGUGCGUUAAUAAACAUGACACGUGAGGAUUACUAAUGUGCAAAAAGUUGCUAUUCACUAUUAAUGUGAAGGGGCAGUUCACCCAAAAAUUAAUAUUCUAUCAUCAUUUACUCACACUGAUGUUGUUCCAAACCCGUUGACUUUCUUCUGUGGAACACUAUGGAAAUGUUAGACACUACCAUUCUCCUCUACCAUUCACUCUCAUUGUAUGGAAAGAGAUGCGCAUAAUGCCUAACACCUCCCUUUGUGUUCCACGGAAUAAAGAAAGCCAUUCAAGUUUGGAACAAAUUGAGGGUAAAAAAAAAUGUGGUGAUCUAUCCCUUUUAAGGGUUUGCUUUAAUUUCAAAAUCUUUAUGGCUAUAAAUGUGUUUUUAUGAUGUCAAUAUUGCUAGUUUAUACAGUAUAUUAUUAGAUUACGGUAACAGCACUACUUGUACAUGUAUAUUUAAGAGGUGUAAGCUACUCAAACCUGAGACCACACAAUUCAAAUGCAACAGGUAAGCUCAAUAACUGUCCUACAGACCAUCAACUUUGUGGUCCUAGCCACAAAUACAAAUAUGCAUGUUACUGCUGCUAGAAACCUACUCUACCUGAAGGGGAAAUCCUUUUUACAGUGAUAACAUUUCAACAUCAGGGUAUUAUUCAAUAUACUGUACAAUACAAUACAUAAUCUAUUAUCAAUAUACAGUAUAAUUCUAUGACUUUUCACUAUGAUUAAGCACUUUGUCCUUAAGCAAUGUCAACGGGGUCCCCAGCAGGGGAGGCACAGCUGUGGGUAGCCUGUGUAUGGUGGGGGGCUUAAACAGGGGGCUGUUUUCACUCCAGGCCCUCUGUGGAACCCCAUAGAACUUGUGUGUCCAGGAGAUAAGCAGAGUCAGGCACACCCUUGCCUAGUACAGUACAGUACACCACACCACACAGCACCUUGAGAUUUCACACUCUGGCCUGGCUCUCCCACCCUGCUGUUCCCACUGCCAUGAAAACAGACUGUGCUGUAAUAUUUAUCACUGAUCCAAAUGAAUACUCAUUGUGGUGCUGCCAAACCAUCUUAAUUCAAGCACAUCUUAAAGGAAUAUUCCAGGUUCAAUACACGUAGAGCUCAAUCAACAAUAUUUCUGGCAUAAUGUUGAUUACCACAAAAAUUAAUUUUGACUUGCCCCUCUUUUUCUUAAAAAAAAGCAAAAAAAGCAAAAAUAUGGGUUACAUAAAGGCACUCACAAUGGAAGUAAAUGGGGCCAAUCUGUAAAUGUUUCAAAAGUAUAGCCACAAGAUCUAAACAAUAUGUGUGUUAACAUGAUUUUAGUGUGACAAAGUCACUCCCUAACCUUUUCUGUGUAAAGUUAUAUAUAAUUUAUUAUUUUACAACUUCGUUGCCAUGGCAAUGUAAUGUCAACAAACCCUAAAAUGACGAUCGUUAAAAUCACGAUUUAAACUACAGCUCAAAUAAUACAUGAGUUUUAACAGAAGAAUAAAUGUAAGUGCUUUUAAUAAAAAUUAUAAGCUUCACAUUUCUACCUUCAAACCCUCACUGUAACCUAGAUUUUUGCAUUUCUUAAAGAAUUCUGCCACAAAUGCUGUCAAUUGAGCUUAACUUGUAUUUUACCUGGAUUAUUCCUUUAACACACCUUGAGUGUCACUCAGCAGAUUUGUGUGUGUGUGUGUGUGUGUGUGUGUGUGUGUGUGUGUGUGUGUGUGUGUGUGUGUGUGUGUGAGAGAGAGAGAGAGAGAGAGAGAGAGAGAGAGAGAGAGAGACCGACCGACCGAAAUGGUAAUCAACCGUGCAAAACCGUUCCUUAAAAUAACACUUGUAUAUAAAUUUACAUUUCAGGGCUGGCUAGUAUAUUGAUGAUUGAUGUUCUUAAUGAGUAGAUAUAAUUUCUGAGUAUGGUAAUGAUUGUUCAUCCAUUGUCAGUAACAUCUUUUCCUGUAAAUUAUUUCAUUUUUUUUUUUUUCUUACUAUUUUUUUUUUCUUUCUUUCUUGUAAGCACAUGCUAGAGUAAAUGUUUUGGACAUUUUUAAAAAGUGUCAAUUUUUUGUAUUUUAUUUUAUUAUUUUAAAUUAUUUUUGUUUUACACAUUAACGUCCUAUUGCUGAAAACCUUGGUUAUGAAAAUAUGAAGUUGGCAAAUUUCAUGACUCUUAAGUAUUGUAUUGUAGAUUUACAGUAUCUGCCUUAAGUCAUCUGAUAUUGUGAAAACUUGCCUGUUUGAAACUAUACUAUGCUUAUGGCACUGGAAGAAACUGAUUGUGAAGUAUGUUGAAACGGGGUGUGUGUGUGUGUAUAUAUAUGUGUGUGUGUGUGUGUGUAUAUAUAUAUAUAUUACACACACACACAUAUAUAUAUACACACACAUACAGUGGUAUGCAAAAUUUUAGGCACCCCUGGUCAAAAUUUCUGUUGCUGUGAAUAGUUGAGUAGAAGAUUAACUGAUCUCCAAAAGGCAUAAAGUUAAAGAUGAAACAUUCUUUUCAAAAUGUUAAGCAAGAUUAGUGUAUUAUUUUUGUUUUGUACAAUUUUAGAUUGAAAAAAAGGAGCACCAUGCAAAAGAUUGGGCACCCCAAUAGGUUUGAGCUCUCUGAUAACUUUUACCAAGGUCUCAGACCGUAAAUAGCUUGUUAGGGCUAUGGCUUGUUCACAAUCAUCGUUUGGAAAGGCCAGAUGCAAAUUUCAAAGCUUUAUAAAUACUCUGACUCCUCAGACCUUGUCCCAACAAUCACCAGCCAUGGGCUCCUCUAAGCAGCUGCCUAGCACUCUGAAAAUUAAAAUAAUUGAUGCCCACAAUGCAGGAUAAGGCUAUAAGAAGAUGGCAAAGUGAUUUCAUGUAGCCAUUUCCUCAGUUCAUAAUGUAAUUAAGAAAUGGCAGUUAACAGGAGUGGUGGAGGUCAAAUUGAGGUCUGGAAGACCAAGAAAACUUUCCAAGAGAAUUGCUCGUAGGAUUGCUAGAAAGGCAAAUUAAAACCCCUGUUUGACUGCAAAAGACCUUAAGGAAGAUUUAGCAGACUCUGGAGUAGUUUUGCACUGUUCUACUGUGCAGCGUCACCUGCGCGAAUAUGACCUUCGUGGAAGAGUCAUGAGAAGAAAACCUUUCCUGCGUUCUCACCACAAAAUUCAGCAUCAGAUGUUUGCAAAGGAACAUCUAAACAAGCCUGAUGCAUUUUGGAAACAAGUCCUGUGGACUGAUUAAGUUAAAAUAUAACUUUUUGGCCGCUAUGAUUAAAGGUAUAUUGGGAGAAAAAAGGGCGCAGAAUUUGACGAAAAGAACACCUCUCCCAACUGUUAAGCAUGGGAGUGGAACGAUCAUGCUUUGGGCUUGUGUUGAUGUCAGUUGCACAGGGGAACAUUUCACUGGUAGAGGGAAGAAUGGAUUAAAUUAAAAGCCAGCAAAUUCUGGAAGCAAACAUCACACCAUCUGUAAAAAAGCUGAAGAUGAAAAGAGGAUGGCUUCUACAACAGGAUAAUGAUCCUAAACACACCUCAAAAUCCACAAUGGACUACCUCAAGAGGCGCAAGCUGAAGGUUUUGCCAUGGCCCUCACAGUCCCCCGACCUAAACAUCAUCGAAAAUCUGUGGAUAGACCUCAAAAGAGCAGUGCAUGCAAGAUGGCCCAAGAAUCUCACAGAGCUAGAAGACUUUUGCAAGGAAGAAUGGGUGAAAAUCCCCCAAACAAGAAUUGAAAGACUCUUAGCUGGCUACAAAAAGCAUUUACAAGCUGUGAUACUUGCCAAAGGGGGUGUUUCUAAAUACUGACCAUGCAGGGUGCCCAAAAUUUUGCUUCGGGCCCUUUUCCUUUUUUGUUAUUUUGAAACUGUAAAAUAUAGAAUUAAAAAAAGUAAUAUUGCUUAAAAUAUUAAAGACUGUCAUCUUUAACUUUAUGCCUUUUGGAAAUCAGGCCAUCUUUAACUCGCUUAGCUAUUCACAGCAACAGAAAUUUUGAUCAGGGGUGCCCAAACUUUUGCAUGCCACUGUAUAUAUAUAUGCAUGUAUGCAUGUAUUGCUUUUUCCAAAAAUAAUGAAUUAACAGCUGUAUGACAGUUCAUAUGUAGUCUAUUCUUAUGAGCAACAUGUAAGAUUAGUUGAUAAUUAAUUAAUUAUCUGUUAUUAAUAAUAAUUAAUUCUGUUGAUAAUUCUUCAUGUGCCUUUCUUUGAUUAUCUGUUUUAUCAAAAGUGACCAGGUUCAUUUAGACCUGUUAAGAAGUGCCUUUGCUGUUUUGUAAUUGUAACAUUUAAUUUUUUCAUACCAUGGACAAUUGCUAUUGCACAAAGUCUCUGUGGAAGUAAUAUGUCAGUGAUCUGGUGUUUAAUCUGCGCUAAUGCUGUAAAUAUUUACAAUAAAUUUAAACCAAUGUAA